UGUACMCAAGUUUGUGCAGCCUUAACCACAGUACCAUGAAGUUKUUUCUUGYUGGAAUACUUUUGCUUGCCUCUGCGGCGUACCUGAAUGCAGAGUACGAAGAUGAAAUCGAGAUGACUCGGGAAGAUGACUUUGAUUUGGAUAAAUGUAAAGCUGAMAGAAAGAAAUGUCUUGAAGACGCUGGAGAUGACUACAAGAAAAAACUCGAAUGUUUGUUAAAAUAUGAGAAGUGCAGACCACGUCCAACACGUCCUAGACCAAGCUUUAGGCCAACACGACCAACUCCUCCGGAUUACGUGGUUAAAUGUAAAAAUGAGCGAGCUGCUUGCCUGAAGGCGGCAGGUGAUGACUUCCAGGCUAAGCUGAMAUGUAUCGUCGACUUCAAAAAAUGCUUACUUACAAACAGACCCUCUUCUCGACCUGAUAGCAACGAUGCAUUGCCUAAGCGCAUUCCUGAUUUUAUAGCCAAGUGCAAAAGCGAGGCAAAAAAGUGUAUGGUCAAUGCUGGUACUGACAAAGACAAAAAACGCCAGUGCUUUCUUAGCUAUCUCAAGUGYAUUCGUGAAAAUCGUCCACGCCCAACACGUCCAGCAUAUGUAGUCAAGUGUAAAAGUGAGUUUGUGAAAUGCCUGAAAGCUUCUGGAGAUGACAAAGGCAAAAAGAAGCAAUGUUACAUCAGCUUCAAAAAGUGUUUGUAUGAGAAUCGACCCACUAGAAGGCCACGUCCAUCCGGCAGACCAUCCAAAGAACCACGUCAGUAAAUGGRGAUUUCACUAUUUUGCUUCCUGACAAGCAAAACAUUAUAAAAAAAAAGAAUUAAAAAGAAUUAAAACUU